CCUUCCACUUGAAAUACAUUUCGAAAACCUUUCUCCCUCGUUUCAAGAACCCUUCUCCGGUGUCAUUUCGCGAACCUUCAUUCCUUAUCGCGAACUCGUCGAGCGUUCAUUCUAGUGGAACCUUCAUGCAUUUCACAUUGGUCAUGCGAACACCCGUUAUGGAAAACCUCAUAGGAAACCCAAAUCCACCGUCACCAAAAACCCUGACCGGAAACCCAAACCCUCCGCUCUCACCGUUAUCCUCCUCCUAAAUCCUCACUUCGGAACCCUCAUCAGUUCAAAUGGCACCAAGAUGGAAAGGAAAAGAUGCAAAAGCCAAAAAGGACGCAGAAGCCGGGGCGCUCAAGGAACCCAUGUCAAAGAUUGUAUUUGAACUCAAGUCUUCUCUAGUUCAAUCAAAUACUUGUGGAUUUCUCUCUGAUAACAAUGUACAGUUAGCAGUGGGAGCAGAGCAACUUGAUCUGCUUGAUAAAGCAUGCUUUGGUCGACCUGUGAGAACAAUUGAAAAGGACAAACACUGGUUUCAAUUAAGUUUUGAGGAGGCAUUUUACUUAUGUUAUUCCUUGAAAUGCCUUAAGAUUAAUGGCAGUGGUACUGGUUCCCAAAAUUAUGAAGAGUUGUGGCAUUACAUGAAGUCGAAGAAAGAAACAUUCCCUUGUUUCUACAAGGCUUAUUCCCACCUUCGAAUGAAAAACUGGGUAGUACGGUCAGGAUCUCAGUAUGGUGUAGACUUUGUUAUCUAUCGCCACCAUCCAUCUCGGGUCCAUUCUGAGUAUGGUGUGCUUGUUUUAUCAGAGGGAGAACAUAAAGACCUGAAUGGAAGACUCAGACUAUGGUCUGAUGUUCAUUGCACAACUCGACUUGUUGGAAGUGUUGCAAAAAUCUUAUUGGUUCUACAGAUCAAUGAAAUUGGUAACAACGAGUCUCCAUUAUGUCUUGCAAACUAUACUGUUGAAGAGUGCACAAUCACCAGAUGGAGUCCAGAACAGAACCGUGAAAAUAUGUAGAUCAUGCUAGCACUGAUAACAAAGCGUAAUUAUAGAUACAUAUUUUCAAUGCAAGUCUUGCUAAUUUUUCACGUCAUAUUUAGAGCUAAACACAAAAGCUACUCUUAGUAGCUUACACUGAAGUGGAUUUUAUAAUGUUGACAAUUGUUUUUCUCAGCAUUCAAAAUAUUGUCAAAUAUGAUAGUAUAAAAAUAUUUUUUACUGUCUUUGUU